CUGAUCCCAUCUCUCCUCCUCCCAGUCAUUCCUCAACAAGCUACAAGCUCCUACUCUACGUAGCCCAUAUUAUCGAACACGCUCUUCGUACUUGAUCACAACUCCACAGCAUCUCCACCCGAGACAAUCGCCAGUUCGGCCAACCGCCAAGAUGCGUUGGACCGACGAGAACGAACAGAUUCUCUGGAAGCUCAUCUUCGAAACCCAAACCAUCACCCUCGACCUGGACAAAGUCGCUCAGGCAUGGCCCGGAGAUGACAAGCCCACUCCCAAGGCGAUCGAAAGACACUUGGAGAAAUACCGCAAGAGCGGAAGUGGAGUCAGCUUCCAGAAAGGCCAGCAGAAGCGAGCUGACGCCGAAGCCGGACCGGCGACUCCUAGCAAGAAACGCAAGAAGGCUGCUAAGAGCGCCAAGGCUGGCAAGGAUAAGGAGGAGGAUAAGGCGCCUGCUGCUGGUGCUGCUGCGGGCGAUGAAGAGUGA